CGCAGUGACUACGUGGCAUCUCGAUUCUCCGUCCCAAAAGCCCAAACGUUUCACUUCCCACUGAAACUUCUGGUUCCUCCGAGUUGAAUGCCCUUCGCAUCCACCUCCUCGCUAGGGUUUUCCACCAUAAGAAGCUCGCUGAAGAAGGCCAUUUUCUCGAAGAAAGCGACUUGCAGUCUCUCUCUACCCGCCGCCUUUGCAUCAGCCAUGGAUGGCAAUUCGAACUGUAAGCUGGUUUUGUGCGGGAAAUCGCCGCCGGAGAAUGAAAUUGCUAUAGCAUUGAAGAGCAGCAACGCUCUGAAGCUCCCUGAGAGCACCGAGAUUUCAAUUUUGUUACAGUCGGAAUUCGAAAAGCCGGUCAAGGAGGAUGCUUUCGGAGUCGACUCGUUCAUGACCUCGCUCUCUACCAGUCGGUUCGGCAGGUUCCUCCUCUGGUCUCCACGCUUGCCUUCCACACACGACGUCGUUUCCAACAAUUUUUGUGAGCUGCCGGUGGGUGCGGUUUGUGUAGCUGAUGUUCAGUACAAAGGGAGAGGGCGGUCGAAGAAUGUGUGGGAGUCUCCUCAGGGUUGCCUUCUGUUUUCCUUUACUUUGCAGAUGGAGGAUGGCCAAGUCGUGCCUCUCAUACAGUACGUGGUUUCUCUUGCCGUCACGGAGGCAAUAAAAUAUGUUUGUGAUAAAAAUGGCUUACCAUAUAUUGAUGUUAAAAUAAAAUGGCCAAAUGAUCUUUAUUUAAAUGGCCUCAAAGUGGGAGGUAUUUUAUGCACCUCAACGUAUAAGUCAAAGCAGUUCAAUGUCUCUGCUGGUGUAGGUUUGAACAUUGAUAAUGAGAAACCAACCACAUGUUUGAAUGCAUUUCUUAGAGAAUUGUGUGUUACAACAUACCGAUUUAGAAGAGAAGAUGUUCUUGCCACCUUCUUUAACAAAUUUGAGAUGUUAUAUGAAGUUUUUAUAAAUCAAGGAUUCCAAUCUCUUGAGGAGCUAUACUAUAGGACAUGGUUACACAGUGGACAGAGAGUUAUUGUGCAAGAAAAAACUGAGGAUCAAGUGGUGGAAAAUGUGGUCACUAUUCAGGGUUUGACCUCAUCAGGAUAUUUGUUGGCUAUUGGUGAUGACAAUCAAAUGUGUGAACUUCAUCCUGAUGGCAAUAGUUUUGACUUCUUCAAAGGAUUAGUCAGGCGAAAAAUGGACUGAAGAAGAUUCCUUGGCACCACCUUGCAUCAGUGGCUUCAAAAUUGCUGCAUCACGCGCACUACUGAGAAUGUUCUCUCCUUUUAUCUUUUUCAUACGUCCCGAUGCUUGAAUCAUUUUUAUUAACUUAAUUGUAUUGGUAUAGAUCUCGGUCAAACGUAGAUCUGCAUAUCUUGCUUAAUAAUGUCAGGACCCAUGGAAUUGACAACCAUGCUUUCCUGUGUUUACUUGCUAACAAGAUAGAGAUAGGGAUUAUGUUGUGUUGUGUCACGAAUCAUUUGAUCCGUCCAAGUAAUCAAUCAUUUGCAGGAAAA